AUGGCCGACACCGAGUUCGAAGAGUUUCGGCACUAUUUCGAGAGGCUGCCCCAACACCUAAAGGCGCCUCUCUCCAAUUACACGCUUGUUCACGAUGUCAUGAUAGAUGAUUCCCCGACCUCGUCGCAGGGCAGCGAUGCUGAGGUCGGCAGAGCCUGCGACGGAGUCGCGGCUGAUUCCGAGGACGAGGACGUGGUUGUGAUACACCGACACGAUAACCAGAGCGGGCACACGUCGGGGGACGAGAGCGAGGAUCUCGAUCAUAAUUGUUCGAUCGUAGCCGACAGCGACUUCAGCUUGUUCGGUGGACUGAGCAGCAGGGGUCGAUCGGCAGGCGUCGGUGGACCGGGUCCUGGUGGAGGCACCACCACCAUUUCCGGUUCCGGAAACGGCGGCAGAGACAGCGUCGUCAGCGACGUCGGUGACUCUUGUUCAAGUUUGAGCUCCUGGCCAACGCCGGAACACGUACCGUUGAAUCGCCCUGGAAGCGGUGGCAACGAGCGUAGACGUCGGAGGUUACCGGAAAUCCCCAAAACCAAAAAAUGUCUGCCUAUCGGUCAAACGUCGAUGCAGUCCUCGUCGUCACUGGCGGACGAACUGAGCGCGGCCGGUGGCGGCUCGACUUCGAGCAGGCCCCAUUUAGUGUUACGAAAAUGUCACUCGAGGCUUCGUCAUGAAGACAGCUCGCCUGACAGCGAACGAAUGGCGACUGACAGCGGCCAUUCCACUGCACACUCGCCGGAAAACGGGCCGAAAAGCGUGUCUCCCAUACCAUGCAAUACCCUGCAGAACACGGACUCCGUCUCGCCUAGCAGUACGCCAGGUAGCGGAGGUGUGCCGUUUACUCAACUGGAGUUACUCGAGGCGACGCAUCGAGGACUGCACAAAUUCGUGUCGAGACAUCACGACGAGAUCGAUCUUGAAAUCGGCGAUCCUAUCUACGUUCAGAAGGAGGCUGACGAUCUGUGGUGUGAAGGCGUGAACCUCAGAACAGGUCGUCAGGGUAUCUUCCCGUCUGCUUACGCGGUCGACAUGGAUUACAGUGACUUUGAUCCCUCGGCACCGAAGGUGAAGAGGGAACGAUACCUCCUUGGUUACCUGGGAUCUGUGGAGACCCUGGCGCACAAAGGUACCGGUGUCGUUUGCCAAGCGGUCCGAAGAAUCGUCGGGAAUUCCCAGGAAUUGCCUGUCUCCCAGAGCUGUAUCCUGGAGGUGUCCGAUCAGGGUCUUCGGAUGGUCGAUAGAAGUAAACCACGGAAAUGUCAGGGGCCCUGUCACGAUUAUUUCUACUCGUUGAAAAACGUCUCCUUUUGUGCGUUUCAUCCUCGCGAUCAUCGCUACCUCGGCUUCAUCACGAAGCAUCCUACCUUGCAGAGGUUCGCUUGUCACGUGUUCAUCGGCCAAGAAUCUACGAGGCCUGUUGCCGAAGCUGUCGGGCGUGCUUUUCAUCGGUUCUACACGAAGUUCAUCGAGACUGCUUUCCCGAUAGAGGAUAUCUAUAUUGAAUAG